AUGGGAAUUGAACAUCACUUCAACGGCGACAGCUCAUUACUCAAUGAGACCGCCAUAGAACGCAACGAUGUCAGGAAGGCUCUCUCUGUCCUGCACAAGUCGCUGCAGCGCAUCGAAUCAGUGCCCACUCAGAUCACUGCCGAGAUCAGGUUGAAUGUCUCUGGCCCAAACCCCAAGGAACACAUCUACACCGUUGCCAUUACCGAUUCGCAAUUCGACUCUGACUUGUUCGCCCGGACCAAGACCCCUGCAAAGGUCUCCAAGCGCACCGUCGCUCCUGCCAGCUCGCCGCCUGCCUCUAUCUAUGGCCAAGGUGAUAGACGAGCAUCUCUGUCGCGUGGAGUGCCUGAGGGCGAUGACGAUGUCACAGAGGUACGGCCUUUCAAACGGGCACGGGUUGAAACUGAAGAGCCUGUCUCGGAUGAUCCAGUCCAGCAGAAACUCCAUGACAUCUUAUCGUUUGUAAAGAAAUGGCAUGACGAAUGGAAACACCAAGGAGGCUGGCUCUUCGACAAUCUCAGCGGCGCCAAUAAGAUCGCCACUGAACGAAGUCGCGAUACUGACAAGAAACUCGAAACUCUACAAGACAUUCUCGGACAGAGCAUCAACUCCGCAAGUGCAACAACCAUGUCGGAACUUUCCAAUAUAACCAAACUAUUGCCAUGGCUAGAGCACUGUCGGAAAACGCACGCUGACAAGGUCCAGGCGAGGGAGGAGAAGUGGCGAUCAAGCAGUGCGACGUUUCAUGAUCAAUCGAGGCGAGACAGAGAAUCCGCCGAGAAGCGACUGGAGGAGAAGUUGGAGGCUCAGAAAAGGCUUCUGGUCAAGAUUGCAGAGUCGAAUGGCAUUGAUGUGGACGAAAUUACGGACAAUCGGAGUAGAGAGUCCAGUCUUGGAGCGCAACUCACCGCAGAGCUGAACAUGGAAGCAACACGGGCAGAUGAGGGCGGGAGCAGAGCGAACAAAGGAGGCGGUCGUUCUGGACAACCGAUCAAUAUCGACGAUUGA